AUAAAACAAAUGAAAAAGAAAGAAAAAAAACGGCAAAGAAAAAAAGGAUAUCUCCGGUGACCGGGAAAUGGAGAGAAGCAGAGUGCUGAUAAUUGGAGCAACAGGAAGUUUGGGUUACGACAUCGCAAAAGCCAGUCUGAAUGAAUCCCACCCUACAUUUGUUUUAGUAAGAGAUUCUUCAUUUUCUGAUCCUCUCAAAUCUCAAAAGCUUCAUUCCCUUUCUAAUGCAGGUGCCCUUAUUCUUAAGGGUUGUUUGGAAGAUGAGAAGAGCUUAAUUGAAGCACUAAAGAAAGUAGAUGUGGUGAUUUGUGCUAUCCCAUCUAGGGAGGCUCUUGCUCAAAAGAGUUUGAUUCGAGCUAUUAAACUUGCUGGUUGUAUUAAGAGAUUUUUUCCUUCGGAAUUUGGAUUAGAUCCAGACAAGGUGCGCGUAUCUGGCAUGGAUCACGACUUCUAUGCAAGAAAAGCUGAAAUAAGACGACUAGUAGAAGCAGAAGGGAUUCCAUACACGUAUAUCUCUUGCAACUUCUUCAUGCGCUAUUUACUUCCGUCUCUAGUUCAACCUGGACUAAAAGUUCCUCCAAGAGACAAGGUUACUAUAUUUGGGAAUGGAAACGUUGAAGGUGUGUUUGUGAAAGAACUCGAUGUUGCAGCCUUCACAAUCAGUGCAGUGGAUGAUCCACGUACCUUGAAUAAGACUGUGUAUUUGAGACCAGCAGGAAAUGUUUACUCACUGAAUGAACUAGUUAGCCUUUGGGAAAGUAAGAUUGGGAAAGAAUUGAACAAAGUAUUUGUUUCAGAAGAAGAGCUUCUUACCCAAAUCAAAGAAACUCCAUAUCCAAAGAACAUGGAACUUGUGUUCAUAUACUCUGCUUUUGUGAAAGGUGAUCAAACAUACUUUGACAUUGAGGCAUCUGGUGGUGUUGAAGGAACUAAGCUAUACCCUCAUCUUAUGUACACCACUAUAAGCCAGUAUUUGGACACCCUUUUUUGAAAAUUAUUGUAUAUCAUCAUCGUAUCCAGUGUAUUCCGCUUAUGGAAACUAUAAACAAGGUCUGGAGAAGGAAAGAAAACGGCUUUCCAUACCCAUAAAAGAGAUUGCGCCAAAGAGUCCUUCGACUCGUGUGAAAAAUUGUUGUAUGUUAAUCUUAAAUCUUAAUCAUAUUGGUUAUGAGGGUGUUUUAGUUUGAUGGAAAAUAUUUUCGUAUAGAAAUGCAAAUGAAAAUUUACUUUUCGAAUUUUUAAGGAAAGAACGAAAGCGAUGUUUCUUACCUUAGUUUUUCUUUUUAAUUCUCUUGCUCAAACAAAUAAUAAAAACUGGAAAUAAUUGUUCUCCUUUAUACUAAACUCCC